CUGCAAGAUGCCUCCUAGAAGCGGCAUUCGACGCCCCGCCACGAUUCCACCGCCCCGCCCCGCCCCGCCCCGCCCCGCCCCGCCCCGCCCCGGAAUCGUGCAUGACGGUUGAUUGCUCUUGCGCUGUUCAGACAGGACCCUAAGUUCCUGGGCCUGUUCCUGCAUGGAAUCUGGCCCGCCAUGCUGCACGACAUAUGCCUGCAGAAUAUGCCCUUUUUUAGCCUGAAAAGAGAAGAUGGCUGCCGACUCUCUGAUGAGGAGAAAUGACCAACGAGACUUCGGACAAUGGCAAGCCCGAACGUGUUCACAUAUAUUUUGCUGCCUCACACUGCAACCUGAUAAUGCUAACGAUCCAGAACCAUCAUCAUGUUGUCCGAAAGGCUGAGAACGGCAGCAAUGGCAUUGCUUGCAGCUGCAUCGAUGCUUACGUUGGCCAGAGCAGAGAAUUCGACUUACUACAACCCCGUCUUUCCAGGAUGGAAUUCCGAUCCCACCUGCACCCAUGUUGAUGGCACAUUUUACUGUGCCGUAUCGACUUUCGUGGCAUUCCCGGGCCUGCCAGUCUACGCCAGCACUGAUCUGAUACAUUGGAAGCUGAUCAGCCAUGCCUGGAACCGCGAGAGCCAACUUCCCGGCAUCACCAAGGAAACCCGCGAUGACUCGGGUGGCAUGUAUGCCCCGAACUUGCGAUACCAUGCCGGCAAGUUUUACUUGACUUGUGCGUAUUUGAGCUCAAAACUCUUGUAUGGAACCACCUUCGUAAGUCCGGAUCCAUACAACAAUUCAGCGUGGUCAGAUCCGAUACAAUGGUCAGCUACGAGCAUAGAUCCAGACUUGUUCUGGGACGACGAUGGCACUGUUCAUUUGAUUACCGCGGGCAUUAGAAUUGCACAGCUUGACCUGCACACCGGAGCGGUCACUGCAACGAAAGUUCUUUGGGAUGGUACUGGCGGGUCGUAUCCUGAAGGACCGCACGUGUACAAGAAGCACGACUGGUUCUACCUCAUGAUAGCAGAAGGAGGCACGGGGCUGACUCACAUGGAGACCAUUGCUCGCUCUCGAAACAUCUCUGGGCCAUAUGAGGCCUAUUCCAAAAAUCCAAUUCUUUCCAAUGCCAAUACUACCGAGUACUUUCAGACCGUGGGGCACGCAGAUCUCUUUCAGGACUCGAACGGCAAUUGGUGGGGUGUGGCAUUGUCUACAAGAUCUGGUCCUGACUUGAAGAUAUACCCGAUGGGCCGUGAAGCAGUUUUGUACCCAGUCGACUGGUCUGGAGACUGGCCGAUCGCUUCACAAGUCCGUGGUAUCAUGACUGGCUGGGAAUUACCUCACUCAAACAACAAGAUCUCUGGCAACAGCGCACCAUUUGAAGAUGACGAUGACAUCGACUUCGCACCUGGAUCUUCCAUACCUUCCCACCUGAUGACCCUUCGCUACCCACCAACCACCGACAACACCUUCAAGAUCUCCCCAGGCGGAUCCCACAGCGAACUUGUGAUCUCUCCAUCCCGCACGAACUUGACAGGAAUCAUCAACGACAAAAUUCUAGACGGCCUAUCUGGAAUCGCAUUCUUAGCACGAAAGCAGACUCACACCCUCUUCACUUUCACCGUCGACCUGGACUACAACCCUCAGCUCGAAGGCCAAGAAGCUGGCAUCACAGCAUUCAUCACAAGAUACCAGCACCUAGACAUCAGCAUCCGCCCCAAAGCCAACGCAACACCCCAACGCGAACUAGUCUUCCGCAUCGAAGCCUCGGGAAAACCAGACUCCCCCUACAAAUCCAGCGAACAAGCUUUCCCCAUCCCUUCAUCCUGGCCUCAAGGUCCAAUCAGACUCCAAAUCCACACCGCAAACGAUACGCACUACGUCUUCUCCGCCAUGCCUUCAAGCAAUCCUGCCGCAUCGAUCAUCCUUGGCACAGCUUCUGCCGAGAUUCUCAGCGGCGGCAUUGGGAGAUUCAUAGGGACGUUGGUAGGUGUCUUCGCAACUUGUAAUGGCGGCGCCGGAUCUGGGAAUGUUUGCGAGGGAAACGGCGGUGAUGCGCAUUUUAGUCGAUGGAGGUAUUCUGGUGCAGCGCAGAAAAUUUCUGAUCACGAGUAUGUCACGAGAGGAGUUGUGCACAGUGUGCUGUAAUGGGGAUUUCCAUCGUGACCGGAUAUGUAAGAGAUUAGUUUUGACCGGACUGCUUCCUUUUUCGCCAGGCGGCUUAUGACCAUGGUGCUACGCCUAAGCCAGUGCUAUGCAUGAAAGUCGUGAGUAGAGAGAGAGACGUGUCAAACAGAUUUUACAUUGCACAACAUCGCUACAAUCGCUCUUC